AAUGUUAGAAUUGCCCUUUCCAAUGAUAUGUUUCGUAUUAAAGCACUAUACAUAUUUUAUCGGAAUUGCAAUACUGUAUAAAUAUGUAUCAUAUAUCCUCUUCCGUUGGCUUGUCCCAAUAAAGUACGGUUAGGUUAUUUAAAAAAAAAAAAAAUUAAGAAAAAUAAAAUUUGCUUUGCAUUUUUGACGAAAAUGCAAAAUAACGUUGAAUUCCUUUCGUCAGCCAUGGAAUGUACACAGGAAUUGUCAUCUUACGUCACAAGACAAGAUAUAUUGAAUUUUCCUUUUCCAUACAAAUUGUGGUUAAUUGUUCAUUUAGAUUAUUGUGACUUUUUACGUUGGAAUCGAGACGGAACCGUCAUACUGCUUGAUUUAAUAGCUCUAGAAGAUUAUUUAAAUUCUACUCAGUCAAUUUUUAAAAUCAAAAAUCGUUCUGUCUUUUUGGAACACCUCGAGCAGUUUAAAUUCGAUAGACUUAAUGCCAUGCCGGAAGCGGAUGAAGAUUUACUUCUUCAGUAUAGGAACGAAAACUUCCAGCGUCAUCGCCUAGACCUUUUAGCGAAAAUACGACGACAUACUUAUCAAUUAUUGGGAGAAAUGGAUCAAAAGAAUAAAAUCGAUGUGGAGACCACUAACCAAUUGCUGCAUAUGGCUGAAGAAAAUAAAUACCGCCAAGUUGCCGAUCGCAUGUUGGGUGACUUGUGUUUUAUGUCACAUGGAGGUUUAUCAAAUAUUCAAAAGAGCAGAUUACGCUUUCAAACAGUUUUGAGUUUCCAAAAUGAAACACGUAUUUUGGAAGACAAAUUGCACGCGUCUGAUGAAUGUGCAGCUAUUCAAGCUCAACAACGACGCAUAAAAUCUGAUGUGACUAGUCGUUCCGGUAACGGGCUUGUAGAGGAAGAACAAGUUAUAGAGCUACCCGUUGAUUUAUUUGAGAAUCCGCAUGAUUCGGUGUUACAUUUAGGCGAAGACUUUCGCCCAGAAUACGCAGGCUAUUACGGCAAUUGCAGUAAAGAACAAGUCCUUCAUUUUUUUGGAGAUUAUUUGCCAAUGUAUGAAGAUGGUUCAAUGGAAAUUAAAAAAAUUGUACCUGAAAUAUGCACCGCUAAUCAACAAGCUAUUUUAUCCACUGAAGAAUCAUUUGGCGAUCAGAUCCAUGUUGGUGACCAAGAUGGUACUUUAACGUCGUCUACAACGCCCUCAUGUAUUGGGCAUCAAAUUUUACCCACGUUAAAUUUAUCAUCAACUUUAGAACCAAUUUUUAAGAACGACGAAGAUGACGAAGUAAAUCAUAGUUUAUCUAAAUCAGGAGACAAUUUGAACGUUUGUGCUAUAGGAGAUUCCGAAGCAGAAAUUUCCAUGGAUGAGUUUAUUAAAUUCAAGGAGAAUAUCAAAGAAGAUAUGAAAGUUAGUUACGGGGAAACCCUAAAGGAUUUCCCACAAAUGCCUACAGCUAUAAAAAUGGAAAUUACAGAUGAAUCUGAUUCUGAAAAUGAAGCAAAUUUUCGAAAUUUUUUCAGUCAGUACCGUGCAUCUCUAAAUUUACUUUAUGAACGUCAUUAAUGAUCAGAAUUAUCAGGUGUACUAU